UGGCUAUCUCCAUUCUCCAAGAAACCCCGAACCAACGGGUCCCACCUGGCCUCUUUCACUUUUAUUUGCGUUUAUUAAAGCAGCUGCAGAGCACCAUUUCCUUUUCUUGCAGAUUUCCAGCUUCACUUUAAAGUAAAGUAAUGCGCCACACAGUGGAUGAUAUCCCAUUAUAGCAAGUACUAUGAAAAUCUUACUGUAAGAGACCAAACACAGCCGCGGUAUAAAGGGGCAGCACAAAAUCUUUAGACAGCAAUAUAGGAAGGAGAACAUAUGGGGUUCAAGUUACUAAUUUGGAAUGUUUUGGUGGUGGGAAUUCUGUUGCUGGGUUCUUCAGUUUAUUGUGCAUCAGCUUCAGUGUCUUAUGAUAGGAAUGGUUUCAUUGUCAAUGGGCAAAGAAAAAUUCUCAUUUCUGGAUCCAUUCACUACCCAAGAAGCACUCCUGAGAUGUGGCCAGAUCUUAUUCAGAAAGCAAAAGAAGGAGGCUUGGAUGUGAUCCAGACAUAUGUUUUUUGGAAUGGGCAUGAACCUCAACCUGGAAAAUAUUAUUUUAAGAAAAGGUAUAAUCUUGUGAAAUUUGUGAAGCUGGUUCACCAAGCUGGACUUUAUGUUCAUCUCAGAGUUGGACCUUAUGCUUGUGGUGAAUGGAACUUUGGUGGAUUUCCAGUUUGGCUGAAAUAUGUUCCAGGGAUAAGUUUUAGAACUGACAAUGAACCUUUCAAGGCUGCAAUGGAAAAAUUCACAACCAUGAUUGUAAACAUGAUGAAAGCAGAAAGGCUUUAUGAAUCUCAGGGUGGUCCUAUAAUCUUAUCCCAGAUUGAGAAUGAAUAUGGACCCAUGGAGUAUGAACUCGGUGCACCUGGUCGCGCCUAUGCACAGUGGGCAGCAAAAAUGGCUCUCAAUCUUGGAACGGGUGUCCCUUGGGUCAUGUGCAAGCAAGAUGAUGCCCCAGAUCCAAUUAUUAAUACUUGCAACGGUUUCUACUGCGACUACUUUUCCCCGAAUAGGGCAUAUAAGCCAAAGAUUUGGACGGAAGCCUGGACAGCCUGGUUUACAGAAUAUGGAGGUCCAGUAGCUUAUCGUCCAGCUGAGGAUAUGGCAUAUUCUGUGGCAAUGUUUAUAAUGAAAGGGGGCUCAUUCAUUAAUUAUUACAUGUACCAUGGAGGCACAAACUUUGGGAGGACGUCUGGAGGCCCUUUUAUUACCACUAGCUAUGACUAUGAUGCUCCUAUUGAUGAAUUUGGGUUGCUGAGGGAACCUAAAUGGGGUCAUCUCAAAGAUCUUCAUAGAGCAAUAAAACUGUGUGAGCCAGCUUUAGUAUCUGGAGACCCGGUCAUAACAUCACUUGGAAACUAUCAAGAGGCACGUGUCUUCAAAUCGAAGUCUGGAGCAUGUGCUGCAUUCCUUGCAAACCACGACCACCAUUCAUUUGCUAAAGUAUCGUUUGGGAACAUGCAUUAUAACUUGCCCCCCUGGUCUGUGAGCAUUCUUCCCGACUGCAAGAACACUGUAUAUAAUACUGCUAGGGUUGGUGCUCAAACCACACAAAUGAAGAUGACUCAUGUUAACCAAGGAUUGUCUUGGCAUUCAUACAAUGAAGAGACAACAUCAUACGAUGACAGUGCAUUUACUGCUGUUGGGUUGUUGGAGCAGAUAAAUACGACGAGAGAUGCGUCUGACUACUUGUGGUAUAUGACAGAUGUCAAGAUUGAUUCAAGAGAGAGAUUCUUGAAAGAUGGAAACUGGCCUUGGCUUACUGUCUUCUCAGCUGGACACGCUUUACAUGUUUACAUCAAUGGUCAAUUAAUAGGAAGUGCUUAUGGAAGCUUAAAGGACCCAAAAGUUACUUUUAGUAAAGCAGUACCUAUGAGAGCUGGAGUUAAUAAAAUUUCAUUGCUAAGCAUUGCUGUUGGUCUUCCGAACAUAGGUCCUCAUUUUGAAACAUGGAAUGCUGGCAUUCUUGGGCCAGUUACACUUUCUGGUCUUAAUGACGGCAAAAGAGAUCUAACAUGGCAGAAAUGGUCGUACAAGAUUGGUCUUAAAGGAGAAGAACUGAACAUUCACUCACUAACUGGGAGCUCCUCAAUUGAGUGGAUACAGGGUGCUUUUGUGGUUCAAAAACAGCCACUAACAUGGUAUAAGACUACUUUUGAUGCUCCACAAGGAAAUGAACCAUUAGCAUUGGAUAUGGCCACCAUGGGUAAAGGUCAGGUAUGGAUAAACGGGCAAAGCAUUGGGCGAUAUUGGCCUGCAUACAAGGCUUCCGGCAACUGUGGUGCAUGCAAUUAUGCUGGUUGGUAUGAUGAGAAGAAAUGCCUUAGUAAUUGUGGAGAAGCUACACAAAGAUGGUAUCACGUCCCUCAGUCUUUCCUUCGCUCAACUGGAAAUUUGUUGGUUAUGUUUGAAGAAUGGGGAGGAAACCCGUACGGGAUCUCAUUGGUAAAACGUGAAGUUGAAAGUGUAUGUGCAGAUAUAUAUGAAUGGCAGCCACAACUAAUGAACUGGAAGAUGCAAGCAUCUGGUGAAGUUAACAAACCGCUAAGGCCUAAAGCUCACCUCUCUUGUGGUUUUGGUCAGAAUAUUUCUUCAAUCAAAUUUGCUAGCUUUGGAACACCUGAGGGUGUUUGUGGAAACUUCCAGGAGGGAAGCUGCCACGCCUCUCGCUCUUAUGAUAUUUUUAACAAGUUUUGUAUUGGAUGGAACUCCUGCACAGUACCUAUAACACCAGAAGCCUUUGGAGGAGAUCCAUGUCCUAAUGUCAUGAAAAAACUGUCUGUUGAGGUUGUGUGCAGUUAAUGUUAAUAGCCUGGAAAUACUACAAACCAAGUGUUCAUUCAAUCUCGGUAUUUAUUCAUUAAGGAAGCCUUUUUCAUACUCUCAUUUUUUUACCGAGCCAAGAUGAAGUUGAAUAGCUGUGCAACACAUCAAAUGGCAAAAGUCAACAGAAGUGGCAAAGGUUAAAGCUGCCUUGCCUGUAUACUUGUAAAACAAUAUUCUUUGAAUGGGUACACAUUGAGAUAGCCCUGAAUGAGUCCAUAUUAAAAUGUAAUUAGGGAUACAAUAUCUUGCUGUUCCAGAGUUUCAGUAUUGUAUUAAUGUAUUAAAUUGCACUCAUUACAUAUAAAUGAUUUGAGGGUUUCAGUAUUGUGUUACUAGUAAAUACUGUACUAGAUUCAAUCAUUAUGUAUAAUAGAUUUGAGGGUUUCAGUAUUGUACUACUACAAUAGCCUAUAACCACUUUUGGUUUACACAAAGCCUUUGAUGACAUCCUGAGAUGAAGGUGUUUCAGUAUUGAUUUGCACUUUGUGUUCAUGUUGUCAAG